AUGUGCCAUCACAGUAACUACUAUGGAGGCCUGGGCUACGGCUACGGUUGUGGAUGUGACAGCUUCUGCAGGCUGGGCUAUGGCUGUGGCUUCGGAGCCUACAGAUAUGGUUCUGGUUAUGGAAGCUUCGGAUACGGCUGCCAUCGACGUCCACUGUGCUAUGGAGGACGUGGAUUCUCUAGUUUCUACUAA